AUGGACUUUAUGCAAUUUGCCCGACAACACCCUAGAUUUGCCAUUGUGUUGGCCUCUUUGGUAAUAUUGAUCACGCUGUGGAGGGUGAAGGAAAAUGCGAAGGCUCGACAGUACAGAAUGCCGCCCCGGAUACCGGGAAUUCCUAUAUUCGGGAACACGUUCCAGCUCCCACCGCUCAAGCAGGGUCUUUGGGGAGUUGAAAUGGCCAAGAAGUAUGGAGAGAUGUUCACUUGUAGCAUCGGAGGGAAGACAUGGGUCUUCUUGAACUCAUCACGAACAGUCAACGACUUGAUGGAAAAACGCGCUGCAAUCUAUUCAUCUCGGCAAUAUAUGCCGAUGGCGUCUGGGAUUCUCUCAGGCGACAAUCGAGUCCUGCUCAUGCCGUAUGGGGAACGGUGGCGGAUGAUUAGGAGAAUCAUGCACUCAAUCCUCAACAAGCAAAAUGCUCCAGUCUUUGCCCCCUUUCAGGAUAUUGAAUCCAAACAUCUGCUCUACGAUUUUCUUCACCACCCAGAGCUGUGGUACUCGGCCACUCAACGCUUUGCCAACUCUGUCAUCAUGAGUGUCGUAUUUGGCAAACGAAUGGAGCUGGAGGACCCCAAGAUUCGAGAGCUCUUCGACACGUCGAAUGCCAUCAUUCAAGCCAUUCAGCCAUCGGCAAAUCUUGUGGACUCGCUUACGUUCCUGGAAAAGCUACCAAAGCCUCUGCAGUGGUGGAGGAGGCGCGGGGAGGAAAUGUUUGAGAAAACUGUCAGUAUCUACAAACGGGAAGUGGACGAACUGCAACAAAGGAUGAAGGAUGGAACAGCCAGAGAGUGUUUUGCGACAAGAUUUUUGAGGGAUCCUGAAACGAAGAACUACGGCCAAACACAGACAUACUUUGCACUGGGAUCUCUGAUGGAAGCCGGAAGUGAUACAUCCCGAAUGACAAUCAGCCAGGUCAUGGCGGCCGCUGUUCUGGACAAAAGAUGGGUCCAGACAGCACGAGACGCUCUUGACAAAGUGUGUGGAAAGACUGGAGAGCGUCUGCCCCACUUUGACGACCGAGUUGAUCUUCCAUACAUAACGGCAACAGUUAAAGAGGCCUUUCGAUGGCGACCAUUCGCUGAGAUCGGUGUUCCACAUCUCCUCAUUCAAGACGACGAGUACGAAGGUUACAAAUUUCCCGCCGGGACACUGUUCACUUGGAAUGCCACAGCUAUAGCCAUGGAUCCGAAGGAAUACGAGGAGCCGGAGAGAUUCUGGCCAGAAAGGUUUCUCAAUGGAGAUUUGGAUCAUGUUCUCAAGGGACAUUGGAGCUUUGGCCCUGGGCGACGCGUGUGCUCCGGAUACAACGUCGGAGAGACGAAUGUUUGGAUUGUAGUGGCCCGAUUGCUUUAUUGUUUUGAUUUCGAGGCAGUGCCGGGAAAACCAUUCGACUCCUUCCAAGUCAACUGGGGAGAACAUCGAUUUGCUCCUUUCGAUGUCUCGAUCAAAGUUCGAAGUCCCCAACAUGCGGCGCUGAUUGAAAGAGAAGGGAGAGUCGCUGUGGACACGAAAUAUUGA